AUGGCCAGAACUUCGGGUUUGCACAGCAACGAGGAAGAUCUUAGCAUGUCCGGCCUGGAUGCUGACAAUAAAACUGACUCUAUCUACUCCAUUAAGUCUAAUUGGAUUACGGAAUGGCGCCUUCGCAAGGAACGGGAAAAUCUCUGUCGCGUGCUCUAUAAUCGUGUGUUGAAACACAGCGACUGCAAACGUCUACUUGAGGCGGCCAAAAUCUAUGGCGAGAAUACGGACCUCAAUUCAUGGUCGGCCAAUGAACAAUUGCAAUGGUAUCGCAACUUCAGCUUCAAUGGCACCAGCGUGGCGCGUAACAACUCAGAUGUAUCGACAAUGGACAGCGGUCCGGCGUUGGUGUUGCCGCCAUUCGAGACAUGGCAAUCGAUAGCCAUUGCUCUGUGCCUGGCCAUCUGCAUCAUUUUGACGGUCGGAGGCAAUAUUCUUGUGCUUAUGGCGUUCAUAGUCGACCGGAAUAUACGACAGCCUAGCAACUAUUUCAUUGCCUCUCUAGCCGCCACGGAUAUGCUGAUAGGCACUGUGUCCAUGCCUUUCUACACGGUCUACGUGCUGAUGGGCUAUUGGGAUCUAGGACCGCUGCUUUGUGAUCUCUGGCUAUCUGUGGACUAUACCGUCUGCCUAGUCUCCCAAUAUACAGUGCUGCUUAUUACCAUCGAUCGUUAUUGCUCUGUUAAAAUAGCGGCCAAAUAUCGGAGUUGGCGAACUAAGAAGCGCGUCAUCUAUAUGGUCACUAUUACGUGGAUUAUACCAGCCCUGCUCUUUUUCAUCUCCAUCUUCGGCUGGGAGCAUUUUACUGGCAAGCGCGACUUAUUGCCCGGUCAGUGUGCCGUACAAUUCCUUAAGGAUCCGGUGUUUAACACAGCACUCAUCAUUGGCUAUUACUGGACGACGCUAAUUGUGCUAUUCGUCCUGUAUGCGGGCAUCUACAAGACGGCAUACGAGAUGCAAAAACGCAGCGAGGCUAAGCAGCGUAAAAUGCAAUCCAUGGUGGCACUUAGUGCGGGCGCCAUGUCUGGCAUGGCGGGUCAUGCUGCUGGCAUUGGUGUAAUCGAGGAGAAAAUAUUGAAGACAAAGGUGGAAUUGGCCGGCGGUCUAACAGAUCUGACGGACAGCGGCUCCGGCACGACGGCCGUAAAGCGUCUGAGCGGUUCAGGCCAAGCCAAUCCGCUGGCGCAGAGCGAUGCCAUCAACUGUACGCUGGUCGAGAACCUCACGCCCGAGCAGCGGCGAGCCUCAGAGGCUAAAAUCGAGGAAGCCAAACGUGAUGCCGCUGAAGCGGAGAAGAGUGAACGCUCCAGCAGUCCCGCAUUCGACUCAGAUGAGGAAUCGUCUGUAAAUCAAGCACAGCAGCUUAUCAAUCAACAGAAGAUGACCAAUUUGCGCAAGCGUUCAUCCAUUGGUCUAGUUUUUGGUGCACAGGCAGCGCUAAUGGCGACACGCAGCAAAGGUAACUUGCAUCAGAGUACACCCACCUCCAAGUCCAGCGAGGCCAUGGCCACGUCGGACACUCACUUGCCCUGCCCCCCGACGACGGACAUGAGUUCCAGCACUCUGAAGCGAGCGCAGAGCAAGGAGGAGGUUGGCCAUCACCAUCAUAUGCAACUCGAGCGUCCCAAACGCACCUCCUGCUCUACGCUCUCCCAGAUAGCCGAGCAUGAGCGCCUCAUUGAUUUCCAAACCACAAAUAGCAGCACCCAUAAGAAUCCUUUCCAUGGCAAACCGAGUGACCCCAAGAGCCCGCUCUCACCCGUCGACAUAGCACCCAUUGAAGUGCCGCGCGAACAAGUGCAACAGUGCUUGGUGCAGGCCAUAUUGCCGCCACCUGAGCAAUUCCAGUGCCCCUCGCCCUUCUCCGAAUAUUCGGAUCGCCCGUUUGGUAAUAGCUCCGGCAACAGUGAACUGGCCAUGACCUAUGAUCUGCUUACCAAUAACUCCGAGCUACGUUUCAUGGACGAGACUUCGGUCAUGAUGGCCUCUCCCACCACCAACGGCAGUUUAAGCUGCUCGCUUAAUCAGCCAACAGCAACCACACAAUCCAGUGGCAGAUCCAAAACUGCCACACGCACUCCGCAGGCACAGAAAUCGGCACAAAAACAACAACAACAAUCACCUCAACCCGCUCCCAGUCAACAUAUUUCCCCCACCGCCUCGACAGUGCUGCCCCUCUCCGAUGUGGUUCCCGACAACAACAGUAACAGCAGCCAAAAAGAUGGCGAGAUAGCCAUUGAAAAACGUCUUCUCGUCUCGUACACAGGCAUCGAGGAUUUCGCGAAGGUGCGUCGUGAAAGUUGCAUCGAGGCCAUCUGCUUGCUGGACGUGCCGGGCAACAAGCUGCUAAAUGACUGCCCACAUAGACGUGCCUCCAGCCCUCUAGAGUCUAGGAGUAAGGAUGCUAUACUUUACUCGCCAAUGCCGCCAAUAAAACUGACGGCAACAACCGAGCGGCACUCAUCGUUGGGCGGUGGCGCUGCAGCGGCAACAUCGGGCGCUCCAUUGGAGCGCAUUGAGGAGCGUGAAACCUCGGACACGAAUACAAAUAAAAUGCCCUCCACAUCGGGCACCACCAGCAGCUCCCAGGCAGAUGUCAAGCCCACGUCCGGAGGCAGCAUCAAAAAAAGUGACCCCGAUGUCGGUGGUGGCGGCGGCGUCUCUAGGCGCAGCUCCAGCAAACGCGACUUUAUGCACUCGAUAGGGAAGCACUUCAAGAGCAAGAAGGCGCUACCGUUGGUCAUUGGUGGCGGUAGACAGAAGUCGAAAUCAGAGAAUCGUGCACGCAAAGCGUUUCGCACCAUCUCCUUCAUUCUGGGCUGCUUUGUGGCCUGCUGGACGCCAUACCAUGUGCUGGCCCUCGUCGAGGGCUUCUGCCGCAACCCGCCGUGCACGAACGCACAUCUGUAUAUGUUCUCUUAUUUUCUGUGCUAUGCCAACAGUCCGAUGAAUCCUUUCUGCUAUGCACUCGCCAAUCAGCAGUUCAAGAAGACCUUCACACGAAUUCUGAAGGGGGACUGGCAUAUGACCUAAGCGAACAACUGAAAAAGCACUAUAAAUGCUGUUCUAUCCCACGACCGACUCCAUUUUCGAGCAGUCUAAAAUUUAGCUCUGCCGUACUACUUCAAGUAAUCGAAAGUGGAAUCGGAGAUUGGACAGACAUAACAUUUGAUACAUGAUGCAUUGAAGCGAGGCAAGCACUCGUGGGAUUAGCUUAGCAUUGCAUUUCGUUGUGGCGUUACACUCUCGAGAGCCCCGGAGUGUUGCGUCGAUUAUAGAGCUCUUUUUGUAUCUCCUUUUUAUUA